CGCGGUAUUUUUGCUUUCUAAACUGCGAGCUCCAAGUGCGUUUACCGUCCGGGGACGGCAUUCUUGCGAGAGCCGUGGCCGCGUUAAGCCAUGUCGACGUUUGGCAUACGGACCGAGAACCUGGAGUUCGUCUUGAAGAGUUUUUUCGCCGGCGGGGUUGCGGGGAUGUGUUCGAAGACAACGGUAGCCCCGCUGGACAGAAUAAAAAUCCUCUUGCAAGCACACAAUAAUCACUACAAGCAUUUGGGGGUUUUUUCUGGUUUGAAAGAAAUCGUUGAUCGUGAACAUUUCCUUGCCCUUUACAAAGGUAAUUAUGCUCAAAUGGUAAGAAUAUUCCCAUACGCAGCAACGCAAUUCACUGCUUUUGAAGUUUAUAAGAAGUAUUUAGGCAAUAAAUUGGGAAGUGGGACGCACGCCGAUAAGUUUUUGGCUGGUUCAUCGGCAGGAGUCACAGCUGUGGCUUUUACAUAUCCACUCGAUACAAUAAGAGCUCGCCUGGCUUUUCAAGUGACCGGAGAGCAUAUGUAUACUGGCAUUGUACAUACGGCAGUAUCUAUCUUUAAAGAUGAAGGUGGCUUGAGAGCAUUGUACAGGGGAUUCGUACCCACCAUUUGUGGCAUGAUUCCAUAUGCGGGAUUCUCUUUCUAUUCGUUUGAAAAGUUAAAGUACGUCUGUAUGAGAUAUUGUCCAAAUGUUUUUUGCAGCAAACGUGAUAAAAAUACGGGGGGUCUGGUAUUAACGAUUCCUGGUAAAUUAUUGUGUGGCGGUGUUGCUGGAGCUAUUGCACAAAGCUUCUCUUAUCCAUUAGACGUGACUAGAAGACGAAUGCAAUUAGCAAUGAUGAAUCCAGAAACUUAUAAAUUUAGCAAUAGCAUGUUAUCGACAUUGAGAAUGAUAUACCAUGAAAAUGGUAUAGUAAAAGGUCUCUAUCGUGGAAUGAGCAUUAAUUAUUUAAGAGCUAUUCCAAUGGUAGCUAUGAGCUUUGCCACGUACGAAGUCAUGAAGCAGAUCUUAGAUCUAGAUACGGGAAUGAAAAUAUGAGUGCUAAUUUUUAUUUUAACUUUACUAUAGUUAGUCUAAUUAUUUUUAUUAGUUAUAUUUUUUAUAGAAUUACCUUAUUGGCUUUCUUAAUGGCUUAAGUAAAUAGUCUUGACAAGAAAUACAUGUAAAAAGGAAUCGGUGGCCCGAUGAAACGAGUAAGUUUCAAAGUGCAGUUUUUAAAAUAUUGAAGGUUAUAAAAUACAAAAUUGAUUUCUGUGAAA